AUGCGUGUAAGACGCGGCGUGAUUAACACUGCACAUGUGUCAGCCCAUCCGCCUGGCGUGAGUGCUAAGCACCCUCUGGGAGGCUUACGGCUAGAAUUAUGUGAGAAAUUACGAGAAGCGUGGAAGUAUGACUCCAUUUUCUUGGGAAAAGUGAAGCAUUGCUGCAAGGAAGCAAUGGAGGAGAUGAAUGGCCAGUACCCAGGGCUCACUGGGCUGAGGAACCUGGGCAAGACAUGCUACAUGAACGCAAUUUUGCAGUGCCUCUGCAGCGUGCCACCGCUUGUCGAGUAUUUCCUCUCAGGAAAGUACAAAGCAGCCCUGCGCGAGGAAAAUGGUGAGUCUGCGGCUGCGUUUGGCUGCUUGAUGUCCAACAUGUGGCUUGAAGAGUCUGACUCUGUUUCCCCAGAGGUUUUUCAGUCAGUCCUUGAGAAGCGGUACCCAACAUUUAGUAACAGCACUCAGCAGGAUGCGCAUGAGUUUCUGAUCUGCGUGCUGAACGAACUCCACGAUGCGCUCAAGAAGUGCAGCAAAAAAAGACGCAUAACCAAUGCGAAGGUGAGCAGAGGGAGUGUCAGUGAAACAUCUAUUAUCACACAGUUAUUUGAGGGACAACUCCGUUAUGACAUCACGUGUCUGGCAUGCAAGACCGCCAUCCAUAGACCUGAGAGCUUCACCGUUCUUUCCCUGCCCAUCCCUUCGCAGAGUGUGUGCUCUCUGCAGGACUGUCUCAAAUGCUUCUUUCAGCAAGACACACUGACUUGGAACAACCAAAUCCACUGUUCCCAGUGUGAAAAGAAAAAUGAUGCUGUAGUGAAGGCCACCAUAACCAAGGCACCGCAGAUCAUUAUUUUUCACCUAAAGAGGUUUGAAUGGCAAGGCAACCACAGAAGGAAGCUCUCGACUGACAUUUGCUAUCCACUCAGCAACCUGGAUCUCUCUCCCUACAGUUCCCCACCUUCCUGCCUGGAUGCAGAGUACAGCUUGUGUGCUGUAGUGAACCACAAUGGUUUCCUGGAUGGUGGCCACUACACGGCGUUCUGCAAGCACUCCAUCACCAACAACUGGUACAGCUUCAAUGACGUGCAGAUCACCAAGAUCCCAAAUUCCUCGGUGCAGACUGACACAGCCUAUCUCCUCUUCUACCGUAAAGACCUCUGCAUCCACUAA